CGGUGUCUCAGGGCGGGCCGGGCCUGUCCCGUGAUCGCGGGAGCUGAGGGAGCCAUGGGGCCGCUCCGUGCUGGGGUCGCGCUGUCCGUGCUACUGCUGGCGGCAGGUGUAGUUCUGAGGCAGCCCCAAGAGCCCAAAGAGGUGUGGGGAUAUGUGGAGGUUCGGAGCAAGGCCCACAUGUUCUGGUGGCUUUACUAUGCAAAUAAUCCAAUCCAAGACUUCACAGAGUUACCUCUCGUCUUGUGGCUUCAGGGAGGUCCAGGAGCUUCAGGCUGUGGAUAUGGGAACUUCGAAGAGAUUGGUCCAUUAGACAAAGAAAUGAAACCAAGAAAUACAACCUGGCUGCAGGCAGCCAGUAUCUUGUUUGUGGAUAAUCCUGUGGGCACUGGAUUCAGUUAUGUGGAUGAUUGUAGCUUGUUUGCUCGAAACCUUACAGCAGUAGUUUCUGAUAUGAUGGUUUUUCUUGGAGAAUUCUUCAAGCAUAGAACAGAAUUCCAGACCAUCCCAUUCUACAUAUUUUCUGAAUCUUAUGGAGGUAAAAUGGCUGCUGGGCUUGCUUUAGAGCUGCACAAGGCUGUUCAAAAAGGGACCAUAAAGUGCAAUUUUAUGGGGACUGCUCUUGGAGACUCCUGGAUUUCUCCUUUGGACUCUGUGCUGUCCUGGGGGCCCUACCUUUACAGCACUUCCCUCCUCGAUGAUAAUGGUCUAGCAGAGGUGACUGCUGUUGCUAAAGAAAUAAUGGAUGCAAUAAAUAAAAAUCAGUAUGGGCUGGCCACUGAGCUCUGGGGCAAGGCUGAAGGUGUCAUUGAAGAGAACACAGACAAUGUGAACUUUUAUAACAUCUUGACUAAAGAGGUUCCAGAAGUGAAAUCAGAUGAACAAGAAAAUCUCCAUCUCAUGCGGCUUUACCAGCGCCAUGUCAGAAACAUGCAUCAGAGCAGCCUCGAUGAGCUGAUGAAUGGGCCCAUCAGAAAGAAGUUGAUGAUCAUUCCUGACUGUGUGAAGUGGGGAGGUCAGUCCAAACAAGUCUUUGAGAACAUGGCUGAGGACUUCAUGAAACCCGUCAUCGAUAUUGUAGAUCAGCUUUUGGCAGCCAAUGUCAAUGUUACAGUCUAUAAUGGGCAGCUGGACCUCAUUGUUGACACCAUGGGCCAGGAGGCAUGGAUCCGGAAGCUGAAGUGGCCUGAUUUGGACCAGUUCAGCCAGAAAAGGUGGAAGGCGCUGUACGUGUCUCCAGAAUCCACUGAGACAGCUGCUUUCCACAAGGCCUAUGAGAACUUCGCUUUCUUCUGGAUUCUCAAGGCUGGGCACAUGGUACCAGCUGACCAAGGAGAGAUGGCACUCAAAAUGCUCAGGAUGGUGACCCAGCAGCAGCACUAGGGGGAGGGAGGUCAGCUGGUCUGGCUUCCUGCCCAGCACCAGGCUCUGGAGGAGUGUGAAUCUGGGAUCCUAAGCCAAAGGAGAUACAGUGGCUGUUUGGACACACAGCCUCCCUCGUUUUGCUGAUACUGUGCACAAUUGCUUGUGGAAAGGCAUUUUUUUUCCUUGAAUGAGUUACUGCUUUUGAAUUUUUAAGCUGUGAUUUGCUGCCUUAACACUGUUCAUAAAUGACUCUUCCAGAUGGAAGUCCCCUGUCAUGAAGAACAAGCCCUGAACCUUUGCCUUGGAAGGAUUUUGUGCUCUUGCCCUUCCCUGAAUGCUCCCUUGUCUGUUUACACACCAAGAGUAAAACUGAUUUGACUUGAUUGGCUUUGUGUACCUCUGGGAGAGCUGACCUGCUUCAUGAGGCUGUGGAAUGUUCCUUCCAUUGUCCUCAGGUUUGAGUCACCUGUCUGGAUUACAAGCUGAAGACAUGGAAAUGCCAGGACAGAGGACCUGCUCUAGAGGAAUCACAGUGCAGCUCAUCUUACUGAGAUGCCUGAAUUAGGAUCCAGGAUUCUUCAGACUUCCUGUGUUACGGAGAGAGAAACAUUGCACAGAGGAGGAUUUGACCCUUUUCAUCUGACCAUUUGUUUCUUGUUUCCAUUCUUCUUAAUUCCUACUACUCAAAUUUUGCCUUUAUUCUCAAAACCUAAAGCACAUCCAGCAGGAGUUCCUGCUUUUCUGUAUCCUGAAGCAGAAAGCCUGUUAAUAUUCUCUUGUACCAAAGAGUCCCAACAGACAGAAGCUUCUUAAAACCUUCUGAGUUUAGCCAGAAGGAAAGGAGCGUUAUUUGAGCAAUAGCAGCAUAAUUCUGAAAGAUUAUAGGAGUAUUUAAAAGAAGGAUAUACAAAAUCUUGAUCCAUGUCUUUAAGUCUCAUAGAGACCUAUUAUUUGGAAACUUUUUUUUUUUGAUAAUACACAAUCAGGAAGAGACUUGGUCAGACAUCAUUUGACUUUUGCUAUGGAGGAUGAAGUAGUUGUUUUUUUAUUGGUGUCUGAUAGGAGACACAACAGCUCCUUCCAGCUGUCAGAAUCCUAAACAAAUAGCAACCUCUCAAUUACUCCAGGCACUGAAAUGGUUAUGAAACACCUGAUAGUAUUGUCUUGGCAAGAACCGAGGCACAGUGCUGUGUGAGCACAUAUGCAAUCACCCAGCAGCUCCACUAUUGGCACCUAAUAAUUGCUUUCCUUUUUCAUGUUCCCUUCUUGUAUUCUUGAGAAGUUUAGCAAUGCAAAUCCAGAUUUGGUUUUUUAAACACCUUUUUGAAUAAAUAGGUCUAAUUCAUCUCUUCAGCAUCACAUUGAUUUCACUGCUUGAAAAUGACAUCUUUUCUGUUUUGGCUUUUAGAUGAACAAGAGGAGGUUGCUACCAGUGUGUAAAUUUGCAUAUCUGCAUUCUUGGAAUAUUUUAAAAUAAUUUGCCUAGCAAAUCAGUAUGUUUUUGCCUGGGUAAUGUGCUGGUUUGGGCUGGGAUAGAGUUAAUUUUCUUCCUACUACAUAGUAUGGGCUGUUUUGGAUUUGUGCUGGAGAUGUUGAUAACACAGGGUUGUUACAGUUGUGGCUGAAGAGUUCUGACAAGGCCUUUUCUGCUCUCAUCAGACCUCACCAGUGAGGGGUCUUUUGGGGGCAUAAGGAGUUGGAGAGGACACAGCCAGGACACAAGUGACCCAAGGGAUGUCCCAGGCCAGGUGGUGUCAUGCUCAGCUGGGGGAGAAGAAGGAAUGGGGCACACUGGGGGUGAUGCUGUUUGUCUUCCCAAAUAACUGCUGCAUGUGAUGGAGCCCUGCUUCCUUGGAGACAGCUGCACACCUGCCUGCCCAUGGGGAGUGGUGAAUGAAUUCCUUGUUUUGAUUUGCUUGUUGCCUAUUAAACUCUUUAUUUCAGCAUA